AUGCAAGGCAAGAAACCCAUCUGGUCUAAUUAUGACAUUGACUUCCAGAUGUACUUAGCUCAAUAUGGCUACCUCAGCCCCUCUGUGAAGAAUCCCUCCAGUGGGCAUAUUAUGGAUGAAAGUUCUUGGAGACGAGCAAUUGCAGAGUUCCAGAGCUUCGCGGGAUUGAAUACGACAGGUGAACUGGAUGAUGAGACAAUUAACGUGAUGUCUUUACCAAGAUGCGGUGUUCGUGAUAAAGUGGGCUUUGGCGAAAGCCGAGCGAAGCGAUACGCACUUCAAGGCUCCAGAUGGCGUGUGAAGAAUCUAACAUACAAGAUCUCAAAGUACCCAUCAAGGCUGAAUCGCGCUGAAGUGGACGCGGAACUAGCUAAAGCUUUUUCUGUUUGGGCUGACUACACCGACCUAACAUUUACUCAGAAAGGAAAAGGACAAGUACACAUUGAAAUAAGGUUUGAGAAAGGUGAGCACGGAGAUGGUGAUCCAUUCGACGGACCUGGUGGUACUCUUGCCCAUGCCUAUUUCCCUGUGUACGGUGGUGAUGCUCAUUUCGACGAUGCUGAAGUGUGGUCUAUCAAUUCAAAACGAGGAACAAAUCUUUUCCAAGUAGCCGCCCACGAAUUUGGUCACUCGCUGGGUCUUUCCCACAGCGAUGUAAGAUCAGCUCUCAUGGCACCCUUCUAUAGGGGCUAUGACCCCGCCUUCCAGUUGGACCAAGAUGAUAUUCAGGGUAUUCAGGCUUUGUACGGGCACAAAUCCCAAAUCGACAUCGGAGGUGGUUUCUCCCAAAACCCCAAAAUCCCUCGCGCUACAACUCAACAGCCGGCAUCAGAAGAUCCCGCUUUAUGUUCCGACCCCAGCUUUGACACCAUCUUUAACUCCGCUGACGGUGCAACAUUUAUCUUCAAAGGCGAACACUAUUGGAAGCUAACAGAAAACGGAGUAGCAGCUGGAUAUCCUCGCCUCAUCUCUCGGGCAUGGCCUGGUCUCCCUGGCAACAUCGAUGCUGCCUUCACAUACAAGAACGGAAAAACCUACUUCUUCAAGGGAUCUAAGUACUGGAGGUAUAACGGACAGAAAGUAGACGGUGAUUAUCCCAAGGACAUUAGUGAAGGCUUCACAGGUAUUCCAGAUAACAUAGAUGCAGCUUUAGUCUGGUCUGGUAACGGCAAGAUUUACUUCUACAAAGGCUCCAAGUUCUGGAGAUUCGACCCAGCGCAACGGCCACCAGUUAAAUCGACAUAUCCAAAGCCCUUGUCCAAUUGGGAGGGAAUACCGGACAAUGUGGACGCGGCACUGCAGUAUACUAACGGAUACACGUACUUCUUCAAGGGUGGCACGUACUGGCGGUUCAAUGAUAGGACUUUCAGCGUGGACAAAGACGACCCAGCGUUCCCCAGGUCAACAGGUUACUGGUGGCUAGGCUGCAGCAGCGCCCCACGAGGGACUAUCGGAGGUAACGCAAGACUCACAAUUCAACCCGCUGAUGAUGAAGACGUCGGAGAUAUACUCUUCGACGCAGAUGGAGGUCAUGAUGGGGCUGGAAAUAGCGGAUUCGUGGCGAAUUCCAAUAUCUGGACUCUGGUUCUGGCUCUGGCGGUAGCGCUAUGCUCUCGUGCCGCCUAG